AUGCUUAAUGAUUGUGGUAUGCUAGAAUUUCCUUUCACAGGUGAUAUGCUUUCUUGGGUGGGGAAGAGGGCAGGAGGAUCAACAGUCCGAUGUCGUUUAGACAGAGCUGUAGGAAAUGUAGACUGGCAUGAGAAGUUUCCCCACUCGGCUGUAAAGUACAUGAGGCUAUGGGGAUCGGAUCAUCGUCCGAUUCUUGCAGAUAUACUCAUAAAGCCAACGAGAAGAUCCAAAAAGUUUAAGUUUGACAAAAGAUGGUUGGAUAAUGAAGAGCUAAGGCAAGUUAUCCUUGAGGGAUGGAAAUCUCCUGAUCUUCCUCCCAAUGUGUCUAUCAUGGAACAUAUCUCCAGCUGCAGGAGAGCCUUGUGUGAAUGGCGAAGGCAAAAUAAUGUCAAUUCGGCAAAAUUAGUGGAGGAGCUUAAAGAAAAGGUAGAAGGAUUGUAUGCAGAUGAUAAUGCCACAACUGAGGAAAUUGCAGCAGCCCUAAAAGAACUCUCAUAUGCCCUUAAAGCAGAAGAGAUGUUCUGGAAGCAGAAGAGUCGGGUGUUUUGGUUGAGAGAAGGAGAUAGAAAUACAAAAUUUUUCCAUGCCUUGACAAAGCAAAGAAGAGCAAGGAAUAAGAUCACACAGCUCCUAGAUGAGAAUGGAAAUAUUGUUGAGGAUGAAGAAGGACUAGUAGCCAUUGCUACUAGUUAUUUUAGGCAAAAUUUUGAAUCGUCGAAUCCAGAGAAAAUUGAGGAGGCGUUAGCUCAAGUUCCAACAACGAUCACUGGUGAUAUGAAUGCCAACCUUACAGCCCCGGUCUCUGAAUGGGAAGUCAAAUUAGCGCUUUUUGCCAUGCAUCCAGAGAAGGCCCCAGGACCAGAUGGGAUGACUGCGCUUUUUUACCAGAAAUUCUGGGAUAUAGUAAAAGAGGAUUUAACUCUUAUGGUUAAUAAAUUCCUGUUUGAGGGGGUAAUGGCGAGUGGACUGAAUGAUACAAAUAUAUGUCUUAUCCCGAAGGUAACAAAGCCAAAUGCAAUGGCUCAGUUUAGGCCCAUUAGUCUGUGCAAUGUUAGCUACAAGAUAAUCUCUAAGGUCUUAUGCCAGAGGUUAAAAAAAGUACUACCAGGCUUGAUAUCGGAAACCCAGUCAGCCUUUGUUGCUGGGAGACAGAUUUCAGAUAAUGUUAUGAUCGCUCAGGAAAUGUUCCAUGCAUUGCGAACAAAGCCUAGUGGGCGGAAUAAAAGGAUGGCCAUCAAGACAGACAUGAGCAAAGCAUAUGAUAGGAUGGAGUGGUCCUUUAUUGAAGCUGUCCUGCGUAAGAUGGGAUUCUCAUGGACUUGGAUCAGCUGGGUCAUGCGAUGCAUUACAUCGGUGAAAUAUAAAGUUCUCAUGAAUGGAGAGCCAAGAGGGAAUAUUACUCCAGAAGUAAUGAAAGUAGUCAGAAGAUAUGGCAAAGCAUCUGGUCAAUGUAUCAACUUUGAUAAAUCGUCCUUACUCUUCGGUAAGCGGAUUAAUGCAACCACUAGACAAGAGAUCAAAGAUGCACUUGGGAUACAUAAUGAAGGUGGAAUGGGAACAUACUUGGGCAUCCCCGAAGACAUAAGCGGAUCUAAAUGCAAACUUUUUGCAUUCCUGAAAGAUAAGCUGAUGCAUAGAGUGAAUGGAUGGACAGGUAGAUGGCUCUCAAAAGGUGGAAAGGAAGUGUUGAUUAAAUCCAUCCUGCUUGCUCUCCCGACAUACGUCAUGUCGACUUUCCUGCUCCCAUUGGAGAUAUGCGAAAAUUUAGCCAAUGCCAUCGCCCAAUUCUGGUGGAGCUCGAACCCACCAAAGAGAGGUAUACACUGGGCAAAAUGGGAAAAAGUGUGUCUACCAAGAGAGGAGGGUGGAAUUGGCUUCCGAAUGAUUCAUGAGUUCAAUCUGGCGCUUCUGGCUAAACAACUAUGGAGACUAGUACAGUUCCCUGAUUCUCUUGUCGCUCGAGUUUUACGGGGAAGAUAUUAUAGAUUGAGUUCUCCCUUGAGAGCAAACGCUGUGACCAGCCCAUCCUAUGUGUGGACUAGCAUUUAUGCUGCAAGAAAAUUGCUAUUACUGGGCAUUAGACAGAAGAUUCAUUCAGGCUAUGAAGUUAAGGUAUGGGAGGAUCCAUGGAUCCCAUCGACCCCCGCGAGGCCAGCUGUCCCCAUAGCGCCUGUGAUGCAUCCUAAUAUGAGAGUAAGCGAUCUUAUUUAUCAGGGAGUAAAGGAAUGGGAUGUGGGACUACUGGAGAAUUAUGUUCAUCCUGAGGAUAUACCAUUCAUAAGGAGCUUGGCAAUAAGUUCAACUCAUCGUCGUGAUACCUUCUGCUGGGACUUUACAAGAAAUGGCCAAUACACGGUCAAAUCUGGAUAUUGGGUGGCUCAGAAUUUAUUAAAGGUAGCGGAGGAAAAGGAUGUUUUAGAGCCAAGUAUUACAAAGCUCCAAGCCUUUGCGUGGAAAUUGAAGGCUCCUACGAAGAUAUGUCAUCUUAUAUGGCAGUUGUUAAUUGGUCAUGUGGCAGUAACGAGGAACUUAGUUAGACGUAAUAUGAGGUGCGAUAAUUAUUGCCCAAGAUGUGGAGAAGUGGAGGAGACCGUUACACAUGCAAUUUUUGAAUGCCCACCAGCUCUUCAAGUGUGGUCUCUAUCAUCUACUCCGACAGGCCCAAAUAUUUUUCCGCUUUCGAGCGUCUACGCAAAUAUGGAUUAUCUAUUCUGGAGGAAGAAUAGUAUCAUUGGGCCAGAGCAAGAUAGGGAUCCAUAUCCCUGGAUAAUAUGGUACAUUUGGAAAGCUAGGAAUGAAAAGCUCUUCAGGGGAAUAGAUAGAGAUCCAUUGGAUCUAGUUAGACAUGCAGAGAGUGAAUGUCACGCUUGGUUUGAUGCUAAUGAAGUGGUACAACUUGUGGCACACGAUAAUAUAAAUGAGGAACCCCAAGUCGUACGCUUGGGAAAUAUUUGCUUGUUAGAUAGAUCUUGGACAUCUUCUGCUAACUUUAGUGGAAGCGGAUGGGCAUGGAUGGAUAGUUCAGGGAACACUCAACUUAUGGGAACAAGGAACCUUCCCCGACGCGAAUCAGCCUUACACUCGGAAGUAGAAGCACUGCGGUGGGCGAUGGAGAAUAUGCUACAAUAUUCGAACUGCCAAAGCUUUGAGACAGACUGUAAGGAACUAAUUGCAAUGGUAAAAGACCCUCAGGCGUGGCCAAGUUUUUCGACAUAA